AUGCAAUUGAAGAGUCUCGUCCUGUUGGCGACCGCUGCGGUGGCGGCGCCGGAUUUCUCUGGUGCUCAGCGUCCCGGCUCGCCAGAAUCAAUCAAGAACCUCAAAGACAAGAUUAAGAAUGUGGUCAUCAUGGUCAUGGAGAACCGUUCAUUUGACAACCUCAUGGGCGGCCAGACCCUCGCGGGCCUUGAGAACCCCAUCCAGACGGGCCCGUACUGCAACCCGCUCAACAUCAGCCGGCCCGACAAUGGCAACGGCUGCACGGCGGCGCUCGACUUUGACUCCAUCAUUGACGAUCCUGAUCACUCGAUCUCGGGCAACAACCUCGAGUUCUACGGCUCCUUUACCCCGGACAAUGCCGCCAUCAAGGCGGGCUCGCUCCAGCCCGACAUGAGCGGCUUCCUCACCGAGCAGAUUCGUCUCUACGGCGGCAAGGAGGACGAAAAGGUCCUCCAGACGCAGGUCAUCAACUACUAUACCGAGAGACAAGUCCCGGUCAUCACCGCCCUGACGCAAAACUUUGUCGUCUUCAACCACUGGCACUCUGACGUUCCCGGUCCUACCAACCCCAACCGCGUGGCGCUCUGCUCCGGCACCUCGGCGGGCAAGGGCAAGAACAACUUCAAGUACAACAGCAUGACGCAAAAGUCCAUCUUUCAGCAGGUGACGGAGCUGGGCCUGGAGUGGAAGGACUACCUUGUCGACACGUCGAUCCAGGACGCGCGCUGGUUCACGUGGACCUACGAGAGCAACAACACGGACCGCAUCGUCUUUAUGGAUUCGUUCUACGAGGACGCGAAAAACGGCCAGCUGCCGCACCUCGCGUACAUCAACCCGAGCUGCUGCGGCGACGGCACCAACUCGAUGCACCCGACGGGCCGCGUGUCCGACGGCGAGCAGCUCAUCAAGGACGUCUACGAGGCGCUGCGCGCCAGCCCCCAGUGGAACGAGACGCUCUGGGUCAUCACCUUUGACGAGACGGGCGGCUUCCACGACCACGUCGCGCCGCCGCGCGCCGCCCGCCCGGACAACAAGACGCACACCGAGACGACGCCGACGGGCAGGGACUACACGUUUGCAUUUGACCGCCUCGGCGGCCGCAUGCCCACCUGGCUCGUCUCGCCCUGGGCCAAUGCCGUCGUUGAGCAGCAGGGCGUCAACGCCUGCGGCAAGACCGUCUCGUACCACGCGACGUCGAUCCUGCGCACGCUGGGCUAUCUGUGGGACUUUGCGCCGUAUAACCCGCGCGUCAAGAACGCGCCGUCGUUUGAUCAUUUGAUCGGCACGAAGCUGCGCACCGAUGCGCCGGAAAAGUUUCCUACAGUCUCCCAUUUCCGUUCGUAA